AUGACAAUUCUUUAUGCAGCUGUUGUUAAGGACAGAACAAUGAUUGCAUCUUUAGUUGUUGAUAAGGCUGACUUCGAAAAGGAGGUUCUUAAGCUCUUACCUCAAGCAUCUGCAAAAACAGAACAAGUUAUCUCAUCAAAUUACAUAUUUUCAUUUCUUUCUCUUUCAUCUUUAAUAUUUGUAUGCGUAACACCUCAAACAGAAGACAGAAGAGUCCCUCUUAAUUAUUUAGAUGCUAUUUCUCACCGUUGGGGUCCAACAAUCGGUGGAUCGACUGUAACUCCUACAAGUCAUAUAUACGAUAAGCAAUUCCAAGAAGCAUUCGGCGAAUUUACAAGAUCUUUUGCUAAUCCAGCAUACAAGACAAAAGCUAUUCAACAAACGUUAGAACAAACACAAGCAGAGUUAACAGAUGCAAUGACGAAAGCAUACAGCCGUGGAAAUCAGCUCGAAGACCUUGAUGAUAAAUCCCAGCAGUUAUUAUCAAAUAGUGAAGAUUUCAAGCAGGCAUCAACUCAGUUAAAGAAUCAAAUGCGUUGCAAAUACUACAAGGAGCUUUUAUUCUGGUUCCUUGUAAUCUUCAUUGUAUUUUAUUUCCUUCUUGCAUUAAUUUGCGGCGGAAUGAAUUUGAAGCCACGCUGCAUAAAGGAAAAGAGUAACUAA